GCCGUAUUCACAUCGUACGCAAUGCCAUAUGGCUCAGGGAUCACCUGACGCGGUGCUCCGAGGCCCGCGGGGGUCCUUACCUGUGAGAGUUCUGCACUGGAAUAGAACAGGAUAUGUGAACUUAGGACCGCCUCGCGCCCUUGCGAGCCGAAUUGCGGGCUCUGAUGAGCGGCCUUGCUGUUGUGUCGGAGUGCUGCCCUGGCCGCGCGCUAUUAAUAGCCCCCGUGGCGGCGGCCGAGCUCUGUUCUGGCGUCCUCGCAAUGCAGUGUCUCGCGCGAGCCCAGAGCGCGUAUAUCGUCCCUCUGGUAGUACAUCAUUACCCGCCAUACAGGCUCUAGGAGUCGCGAAGACGCCUGACGUAUCGUUGACAGUAGGAGGCCAGGAUGCGCGACCGCGCGUACGUGCCAAACCCGAGCUGCCCGCUCUUUUGAAGCCUUGUGCUGGCGCUGACACGCUGGAUCGCCUGCAGCGUUUUCGCUUUGGCCGCGGGGGCCGUUCUCGACACAACCGACCGUCGCGGACCGGAGAUCGCGCCGACAGCUUGCGGGAACUUACUGAACGUCUGAAAGGCGCCACUAGUUCCAAUGUGCCCCCCGUGCCACCUACACCGCCGCCGCUACCACCGCCUGUACCGCCACCGCGAAACAGAACACCUCGUUCUCCGCCCGCAACUUUGCAACAGCAUGUCUGCAAUACGCAGCAGGAUGACUCUUUUGACGUACAACUCAGCAAGCCAGAGUCGAGAGCCAUUGUUGGAUCUUAUAUUCAACGAACCAUACCAUUCCGGAGUGCAUCCUUUUCGCAGGUCGACUAUUUACCAGAUGGUAAAAAGUAUGUUCGAAACACACAGAAUCCACGCAUUGCCUCCGGAUCUGUGGCGGCUGAAGCAGGUCUCACGCUGCCACGAAAACGCGAGGGUGUUAGCCCAAACUCCAGAGUGGCAAAGGAAUUAAUAUCUUCAAAUGAAAUACCAGCGAUUGAAAGUGAUUCACAGUUAAAAUGUUAUGAAAAUGUGCCAAACGAAAUAGAUGAAAGUGAUACACCGAGUGACAAUCGAACAUGUGCAGUCGAACUUAACAAUAUACCCCCUUCACCGGAGUGUCCUGGGACACAAAUUGAAGGUAGCAUAAUUGAAAAAUUAACGUCGGAUAUUCUUUUGCAGAAUGUCACGACAGUUGAUAAUGAUUCAGCAAAAGUUACAAAAAGCCAAAAUGGAAAUUCAAAAUUCAAUACAUUUCCAAAAAGAAAAGAUAGUAGACAAGAUGAUUUGCCGUAUUCUUCAAUUGAUGCUGAGAACAUGAAAAGUUUUGGCAAACGAGAUUUCGAGAAAGAUUCUGAAAACUACGUAUCAUCUCGAAAUUGUUUGAUUGAUACUUCCUCCAGUGAACCCAUGGUUUCUAUUAGUGCAAGUGAAUCAGAUAAAACUGUUGUAGAUAAUUCUUCGAACUCAGGUGUAGUUGAUAUAAAUCUUGUUAAUGAAAACUCACAGGUACCUCAAGAAACGAGUGUAGUUAAACCCGACUUGCAUACGGCUGUGUUAACUGUUGUACCAGUGCCGGUUUAUGAAUGUAUUGUUCGCGAAUGGUCUUCAACAACACCAAGUGAGACAGAUCAAUGGACUGCUGCGACACCUACUUUAAUUACAAGUGAUUCGGUUAAAAGUGAUACUCCUUCUCCAGAUGUAAGCGUUGCCGAAGAGCGAAAACGAGUUGUGGAUAAAUCUAAACGUAGGAAAGGUAUUUAUAUAACACAAUGGCCUUCUCAGGAUACGGAUGUUACGGAAGAUUUAAAUGAAUGUAAAAGUAGCGCAGAGGAAUUGGUAGAGCAAACUAAACUUGAGAAUCAUGUUGAUGAUUCGAAAACUGAAUGGCGAAAUGAAUCAUCAGACUAUAAAAGUAAUAGAUCUACUUGGUCUCCAAGACCACCUUUGUCUUGCCAAACAUCAGAAGAAAAAGAAGAAGAUAAUCGAAAAGCAUUCAAUAGACGAAUGGAAUCUCUUUCUGAUGGUGAAAGUGAUCAAGGAGCUUCUUCGCCUGGUAGAGAUCAUACCACCUCACCUUCUCCCUCACCUUUUGAUUUGUCUGAUUGUGAAAACAAACCUAUGCAUCCUCCAAGACGCUACUCGAAAAGACCUUUGCGAGGUCCGUAUGGCCAAAUGCUUGAAGCAGAGAUGAAGAAACCUGAUGCAUCAAAAUUUUCCAAGAUGCAAUACAACGAAGAAUUGAAGUUUCUGGAAGAACUAAUUUCGCCAAAACAGCAAAAUCAACAGGAUUCACGUGCAGCCCGCGUUCGUCAAAAUAAUCGAUCAUUUGAUGCAUCUCAUUUGACCAGCCAUGCUGCGCAACAGCAGAAUUUGACACAGGCGCAAAUAAGGACGCCACCUAAACGCAAGCAAGUAAAUUUAGGACAGCAAGAAGGUGGGCUGAAGGAGCCACCGAGGACAGUUUAUCAUCAAAGAACUGCAUCUAGUCCAUCGCAACUGGAAAAUGCUAGGAGUCCACCCGAACCAAGUGCUGAACUAUUGGCAGAACUUUUAAGAGGAAGCUCCGAAAGAUUAUGCACCGAUACUGGAGGAUUAGAUGGAAUUCCAGCUUGCGUACAGAAUUCUGACACCAUAGCGCUGACAGGGCCGUAUUCACAUCGUACGCAAUGCCAUAUGGCUCAGGGAUCACCUGACGCGGUGCUCCGAGGCCCGCGGGGGUCCUUACCUGUGAGAGUUCUGCACUGGAAUAGAACAGGAUAUGUGAACUUAGGACCGCCUCGCGCCCUUGCGAGCCGAAUUGCGGGCUCUGAUGAGCGGCCUUGCUGUUGUGUCGGAGUGCUGCCCUGGCCGCGCGCUAUUAAUAGCCCCCGUGGCGGCGGCCGAGCUCUGUUCUGGCGUCCUCGCAAUGCAGUGUCUCGCGCGAGCCCAGAGCGCGUAUAUCGUCCCUCUGGUAGUACAUCAUUACCCGCCAUACAGGCUCUAGGAGUCGCGAAGACGCCUGACGUAUCGUUGACAGUAGGAGGCCAGGAUGCGCGACCGCGCGUACGUGCCAAACCCGAGCUGCCCGCUCUUUUGAAGCCUUGUGCUGGCGCUGACACGCUGGAUCGCCUGCAGCGUUUUCGCUUUGGCCGCGGGGGCCGUUCUCGACACAACCGACCGUCGCGGACCGGAGAUCGCGCCGACAGCUUGCGGGAACUUACUGAACGUCUGAAAGGCGCCACUAGUUCCAAUGUGCCCCCCGUGCCACCUACACCGCCGCCGCUACCACCGCCUGUACCGCCACCGCGAAACAGAACACCUCGUUCUCCGCCCGCAACUUUGCAACAGCAUGUCUGCAAUACGCAGCAGGAUGACUCUUUUGACGUACAACUCAGCAAGCCAGAGUCGAGAGCCAUUGUUGGAUCUUAUAUUCAACGAACCAUACCAUUCCGGAGUGCAUCCUUUUCGCAGGUCGACUAUUUACCAGAUGGUAAAAAGUAUGUUCGAAACACACAGAAUCCACGCAUUGCCUCCGGAUCUGUGGCGGCUGAAGCAGGUCUCACGCUGCCACGAAAACGCGAGGGUGUUAGCCCAAACUCCAGAGUGGCAAAGGAAUUAAUAUCUUCAAAUGAAAUACCAGCGAUUGAAAGUGAUUCACAGUUAAAAUGUUAUGAAAAUGUGCCAAACGAAAUAGAUGAAAGUGAUACACCGAGUGACAAUCGAACAUGUGCAGUCGAACUUAACAAUAUACCCCCUUCACCGGAGUGUCCUGGGACACAAAUUGAAGGUAGCAUAAUUGAAAAAUUAACGUCGGAUAUUCUUUUGCAGAAUGUCACGACAGUUGAUAAUGAUUCAGCAAAAGUUACAAAAAGCCAAAAUGGAAAUUCAAAAUUCAAUACAUUUCCAAAAAGAAAAGAUAGUAGACAAGAUGAUUUGCCGUAUUCUUCAAUUGAUGCUGAGAACAUGAAAAGUUUUGGCAAACGAGAUUUCGAGAAAGAUUCUGAAAACUACGUAUCAUCUCGAAAUUGUUUGAUUGAUACUUCCUCCAGUGAACCCAUGGUUUCUAUUAGUGCAAGUGAAUCAGAUAAAACUGUUGUAGAUAAUUCUUCGAACUCAGGUGUAGUUGAUAUAAAUCUUGUUAAUGAAAACUCACAGGUACCUCAAGAAACGAGUGUAGUUAAACCCGACUUGCAUACGGCUGUGUUAACUGUUGUACCAGUGCCGGUUUAUGAAUGUAUUGUUCGCGAAUGGUCUUCAACAACACCAAGUGAGACAGAUCAAUGGACUGCUGCGACACCUACUUUAAUUACAAGUGAUUCGGUUAAAAGUGAUACUCCUUCUCCAGAUGUAAGCGUUGCCGAAGAGCGAAAACGAGUUGUGGAUAAAUCUAAACGUAGGAAAGGUAUUUAUAUAACACAAUGGCCUUCUCAGGAUACGGAUGUUACGGAAGAUUUAAAUGAAUGUAAAAGUAGCGCAGAGGAAUUGGUAGAGCAAACUAAACUUGAGAAUCAUGUUGAUGAUUCGAAAACUGAAUGGCGAAAUGAAUCAUCAGACUAUAAAAGUAAUAGAUCUACUUGGUCUCCAAGACCACCUUUGUCUUGCCAAACAUCAGAAGAAAAAGAAGAAGAUAAUCGAAAAGCAUUCAAUAGACGAAUGGAAUCUCUUUCUGAUGGUGAAAGUGAUCAAGGAGCUUCUUCGCCUGGUAGAGAUCAUACCACCUCACCUUCUCCCUCACCUUUUGAUUUGUCUGAUUGUGAAAACAAACCUAUGCAUCCUCCAAGACGCUACUCGAAAAGACCUUUGCGAGGUCCGUAUGGCCAAAUGCUUGAAGCAGAGAUGAAGAAACCUGAUGCAUCAAAAUUUUCCAAGAUGCAAUACAACGAAGAAUUGAAGUUUCUGGAAGAACUAAUUUCGCCAAAACAGCAAAAUCAACAGGAUUCACGUGCAGCCCGCGUUCGUCAAAAUAAUCGAUCAUUUGAUGCAUCUCAUUUGACCAGCCAUGCUGCGCAACAGCAGAAUUUGACACAGGCGCAAAUAAGGACGCCACCUAAACGCAAGCAAGUAAAUUUAGGACAGCAAGAAGGUGGGCUGAAGGAGCCACCGAGGACAGUUUAUCAUCAAAGAACUGCAUCUAGUCCAUCGCAACUGGAAAAUGCUAGGAGUCCACCCGAACCAAGUGCUGAACUAUUGGCAGAACUUUUAAGAGGAAGCUCCGAAAGAUUAUGCACCGAUACUGGAGGAUUAGAUGGAAUUCCAGCUUGCGUACAGAAGUUUUUGGAUACGAGGACUCAUGUCGUUGUAGAGUUAUUUGAUACAGAACGCUCCUAUGUAGAAGCUUUACAAAUUCUAGUUUUGAAAUACCUUCAUCCUCUGCAAAGUCCGGAGCACGCCGGACUUGUGGAUUCUUCUCUAGUUGAUGAAAUAUUUUAUAUGGUUCCUGCUAUUCUAGCAGUUCAUGAAAAAUUCUUAGAAGAACUUCGGAAAAGAUUAGAAGUCUGGGAUGCAAAGCAAAAAGUUGGCGAUGUAUUUCUGGACGCCUUUAGUAACCCAUCUGUGAUGGAAACUUACACGGGUUUCAUAAAUAAUUGGAAAAAGGCAAAAGAAGCAAUCAAAACUACAUCUGCUGCGAGGCCAGCUUUUGCUAGAUUUUUAGAGGCAAUGGCGAGAGAAAAUAAAGGGAAACUUGCAUUAGAUAACUUACUCAUAAAACCUGUGCAAAAAUUUCCAAGGUACGAGCUUUUACUUCAAAGAUUGAUAAAGCACACAGACACCGAGCACCCGGAUCAUAAGCUCUUGUUGGAAGCUCAAAGACAAGUUCAUGACUUAUUAGUGAAAAUUAACUGCACUGAAAGAGAAACUUUGGAGUAUGAACAACAGCAAAAUACUUUGAGAGAAAUAGAAAAUUUAGUGGAAGGUUUAGAUAAUUUGGUAGCCCCGGAAAGAACAUAUAUUAGGCACGAUUUAGUAAGCAUGCACGCUGGACAAGGAGCAAGAAAAGAACGUGCAUUGUUCUUAUUUUCAGAUUUAUUGAUUAUUACAAGCAUUAAAAGGCGCAGUGGUACGAUACGAAAACCUACCACCGCAUGUCCAGGAAGCAUAGCGAGUACAUUGGAUGCAAAUAAAUACAAAUUACUUCUGAAAAUUCCUUUGGAUGAUUUAGAGAUAAUGAAAGUCAAAGAUGAGAGUGUCAGACGUGCAAUUCGCGAAAUGGAGUCCUUAAGUUCGGAUUUGAGAGCUAUUCAACGAAUUGGCGAAUUGGCAAGUUCUCUCAGGUGUCCCCAUUCAGCCUUGGAUGAUGUUGUUCGCGAAAUGCAAGCAUCAUUAUCGAGACAAUUAGCAGACAGACAAGCUGGUGAUACCCAGCUUUCUUACUUGGAGAUGACCAUCAAUAUGCCAAAUGGUAUAGAGAAUAUAUCGGUCGUAUUUUCGAAACCGGAGAAACGAUCAGGGUGGGAAGAAGCUUUCAACGAAGCGAAACAAAAAUUGUCUCUAUUAGCCGAUAGGAGACCGACUCCAGAAUUUGUAACACCAGUUCCUAUAAGGAAAACACGAGCCGGACUCCAAUUUACAUGUGCGGCACCAACUUUAGGAUUCUCUUCGGGACCACAUGGAGAAAACGACGUUUGGGUGUGCAAUAGUGAUGGAUACGUGGGACAGGUAUGUGUUUUAAGCCUUCACCCUGAACCGACUGUGGCAAGCUGCAAUGGAGUUUGUAAUGCCCGCAUUUUAUGUGUUGCUUCGGUACCCGCAGCUUCAAGUCAACCAAGCAAAGAUCUCGAGUACGACAAACUCAAAACGGAUGUUAGUAUAUCGGUUGAAGACACCGAUAAGCUCUCUGGUAAUAUUCACCUAGAUAGUGAUAGUUCAAGUGAUGAUGAAGAUUAUGUAUCGGAGGGUGUCCCGGAACACGAACAAAGUGCUCCGCCAAGUCCGGAACCUAGGAAAUCACCGAUCAUCGUCUCUGAAGAAUCUAUAGGUGGCGGUGAUGGUUUGUUGCCUACAAUGUGGCUGGGAACAGAGGACGGAUGCAUACACGUGUAUAACUGUACAGAUAAUAUAAGAACGAAGAAAAACAAGAUUAAAAUUCAACACGGAUCAGCUGUGUAUUGUAUCAUAUAUUUGGAUAACAAAGUAUUUGUAUCGUUUGCAAAUGGCGAUAUUAGUGUUUACACAAGAGAUCAAACGGGUUGGAAUACAAACGAUCCAACGACGGUGUGCGUUGGUUCAAAUGUGGCGCCCGUGACCAAGUUGCUUCCAGUCGCUAGUCGAUUAUGGUGUUCGGCGCAUAAUCAUAUCAAAAUUAUCAAUACAGAAUCAUUACAAGUUGAACAAACGUUUCAAGUCAACACCGAUAUCAAUAAGCCAAUAACAAAUAUGGUCACUGGAAAUUCGGGGGUUUGGAUAUCGUUGCAAAAUUCCGCAGUUUUAAAAUGUUAUCAUGCAAAUACGUACGAAUGUGUACUGGAAGUAAACAUUGCACCAAGUGUUACAAAGAUGUUAGCGGCUUGCGAUGAUAUUAUUCGACAACAUAAAGCAGCGUGUUUAAGAGUGACAGCCCUGUUAGCUUGCAAAGAUUUAUUAUGGAUAGGAACAAGUGCUGGAGUAAUAUUGACCAUGCCAAUGCCACAUAUUGGAAUGCUGGCUUCAGGAAAACAACCUAGUUUGCCGAAUGUUUCAGGAGUGCCUCAUGGACACACAGGCCACGUACGAUUUCUAACUUAUGUAGAACAUUCUAUGGCCACUUUGAGUGCUGAAGUGACGGAAAGGCAACCAGCUCGAAAUACAGCUAAAGUUAUCGGACCAUUCAAAUGUGAACAAGGUAAUGGACAGAGUAUCAGUGGUUUAGUUAUAUCUGGUGGCGAUGGUUAUGAAGAUUUCCGAAACGUUGGUGCAUCAGAAGUCGCAGGCAGAGAAGAUUCUACUAAUCAUUUGCUACUUUGGCAAGUUUGAUCAGAAAAUGCAUACGAAAUGAGUUCGAGACAAUUGUAAUAUGAAUCAGGUAGAAAAAAUCCAGUUUUAUACAUAUAUAUUUCAAUUUUUAAUAUUGUAAUUUGUUCAUUCAAUUUUUAAUUUAAAGAUGUGUUUUUUUACUGUGGCU